AUGACAGCUGAUAUAGAAUCAUCCAACUUGGAGCAGCUAAGAGACAUCCUUGUUAACAAAAGUAGGGAUGAAAAGUUGGCUCAUAGGUUUAGAGCAUUGUUCACUUUGAAGUCCAUAGGGUCCGAAGAUACAGAUUUGGACAGAGCUCACAAAGCGAUAGAUUAUAUCGCUGAAACAUUUGCAGACAAUUCAGAAUUGUUGAAGCAUGAGGUUGCGUAUGUCUUGGGACAAACCAAGAAUAUGCACGCGGCUUCUUAUUUGCGAGAUGCUUUGGUUGACGAGAACCAACAAGUAAUGGUGAGACACGAGGCCGCUGAGGCAUUGGGCGCAUUAGGAGACGAGAGUUCUCUUGACUUGUUACAAAAAUAUUACGAUACAGACCCUUCGUUAGAGAUUAGACAAACUUGUGAAUUAGCUAUAGAAAGAAUCAAGUGGGAGAAUUCAACACAAUCUAAAAGCGAAGUAUUAGAGAAAUCGUUAUACCUGUCGAUAGAUCCUGCGCCUCCCUUGGCUAAGGACAACAGCACCUCCAAAAUAGACAAGUUACAAUCCAUACUAAACGAUCAGGAAAAACCCUUGUUUGAAAGAUACAGAGCUAUGUUUAGAUUGAGGGAUAUAGGGACAGACGAAGCAUGUUUGGCCUUGGCAACAGGGUUUGAUGACCCUAGUGCGUUGUUCAAACAUGAGGUGGCAUAUGUAUUUGGACAAUUGUCUAACCCAGUAACGGUACCAGCAUUAGUUAAAGUUUUAAAGGACGAGACAGAACAGGGAAUGGUAAGACACGAAGCCGCCGAGGCGCUUGGAAGUAUUGCUACCGACGAUUGUUUACCUGUUUUGCAAUCAUUCUUGAAUGAUAAAGUAGAUGUCGUUCGGGAUUCAGCGGUUGUCGCUUUGGAUAUGUACGAGUAUGAAAAUUCAAACGAAUUAGAGUAUGUUACAGUAGAAUAA